ACCAGUAACACCACCAUAAACCCUCAACCUUCGUUUACACACACAAUUCCGCAAACUCCCCAGCAGCCGACCGAGCAAUGGGUGACCCCCGAGCCGAAGCGGCUCUACUAAAGCAUUACCGGCUCCAGGACCCCUUUCCCGAAGCCUGGUCUGACCCAAUCGAAGAGGCUCAAAUCAUCCAGCGGAAGCAGUCCCGUGCAUCGACCUCCCGCUAUUCCAUCCUUCAAGAGGAGGGGACAUCCGCGUCUCUAAAGGGUCUCGUGGGUGGCGAUGCGUAUUCUGCUGGGGUAAUACCCGAAGACGAACCAGACCCACUGGGGACGGUUGGCUCGGUCGUGCGUGUGCUUGGGAAGAGGGGACUACCGGUGAGGGAUAAUGUGCGGUUACGUUAGUUUCUCUUUGCUCCUUUUGCUAGUCGGGCUCUAACUGUGGUGAUGCAUGAUAGGUAAUCGUUACCUCGUAUCUUCAAAGACAUUCUCGCCAACUGCUUUCCUGCGCGACGUUCAUGCCAAUACCCCGUCUCCGACUUUGCAGCAGGGUCUUAAUAAUCUGAGUACUUCCAUCGCACAGAAAUCAGGUUCUCUUAAGCUUUUAGUCGAGUCGAACUUUGAUCGUUUCGUCGCUGCGAAGGGCACUAUCGAGGGUGUUUACAAAGAGAUGAAGGAGAACUCGUUCCUAGACAAGGACAGGGAGAGCGAAUGGGGUGUUGGGAGAAUCAGGGGUUAUCUGAACGACGCUGGGGUGAAGGCGGAUGAGUUAUUCGGUCCGGCGAUGAGAGGUCGGGGGAGAGAGGAGGGAUUGAGAUUGGCUCUGGUUGUGCUGGAGAAGCAUAGAGUUAUGCUUGAGAUGCCAGGUAGUUUGUCGGAGUGUAUUAAACGGAAGGAUUAUGAAUCUUUGAUAGAGGAGUACCAGAAAGCUCGGAGCUUCCUCGGGGAGUCUAGGAAGCUUGUUCCCGCUGGCGGUGUUGCGCCUAUUAAGGAAGACCAUGUUCAUCAAUUGGUCAUUGCGGAGACUAUGUGGGCGGAGGUCACGAUUGCAAUUGAGGACUUCAAGAGAGACACGUGGAAGCGACUGGUUGAGUGCCCGACCGAAGGAAAUUUACAUAUGGAGCUUAUCGGUAUUCUGCUCGAGCUGGGUGUUGAUGAUAACCCUGUUUGGCUUUGGCUUAUUAGCCGCUAUGAUUAUCUCAAGAAUAGGAUUGUGACUAUUUUUGAGAGGUCAAGGGUGGAGAUAGAAGGUUUGUUACUAUGCUCCAUAUGUAAGGAAGUCGUUCUGAAAGUUUUAUCUCUUUCAAGUUCUUCGCCGCAAGAUCGCGGAAGCUCCAUCGCCGUCACCAAAGUCUGUUGCGGGUCACCUCCGGUCACCUUCCCGGCGAGCUCAUGUUGAUUCUUCAAAAUCCCUAGACACCCAACUAAUAAUAUCCUUCUGGGAGUUGGUGUACUCUUCCCUGUCGGCCCUCCUGUCACCUUCUUCCGGACUUGUAGGAGAACUUUUAUCAUUUCAAAAGACCACGCAAUCCUUCAUUGACGGUGACAACCUCCUUCCCGUUGGCAUCGAUGAUCAAUCCCGCAAGCACCAUCGUAUUGACCCUUACGAUGUCAGGAAACUUCAGGAAGGGAUCUGCGAAUUGGCUAUAAUGAUUAGGGAUUGUCUUACCAAAUUUUACACGGAACCACCCGUAGAGGACAUCAGUUCCAUGUAUUCCCCAAUCCCAGCAACCCCCUUGUCUGCAAACGCCCCCGGGCAGGAUCCCAACUUCCCACCGCCAGGCCCUUCCGCGCCGGGGGCACAGGCUCAAAAGGGCGAGGAUGAGGCUUACGCCUUUAUACCUCCGGGGACAAAUAGUUUGAGCGGAAUGCACUACAUGGGCAAGAUACUGGUGCUCACGGGAAAUGCAUCUGUGGCGUUAUGCGAGAUGGUUGGCCGUUUUGGGCGAACGGGCAUUGCUGAUCAGUUCCGAGCGAUGGUCUCCGGGAGUCGAGAACGGGCGGUUUUGGCGGUGUGUGCGGCUUGGUUGAGAGACGCUGGGAAUUGCAAGCUCUUGGAGGAUUGGACGAGAGCAGGUGAUAAUAGGGAUGUUACGAGAAUGCCUGGACUUUUUGGAGCAUUCGAGAGGGAAGUCAUCAGCGGUAUGCAAGCUAUCGUAUACUUGGAUAAGGUUGUGAGGAGUGAUGGUAGCGUUAUCGUGUGUGCACCAGUUCCCGCUCUCCUCGCAUUGUUUGUUGACGCGAUUUCUACAGCCUCCGCCGUCCGCCAAACUUCUCUCACACGUCCGCGCACAGUUUGUGAGGUCACUUUAUAAGUCACUUCAGGGCAUGGUUGAGAAUGCCAAAAAGCCACUUGACUUGGAUGCCUGGGAUGAGGAUCAGACAGAUCUUGCAAGUCCCGUAACCAGUGUUGCGCCGAGGAACCUGACGGCGUAUUCCGUCGACUCGAAGGAUAAAAAUGUCCGAAUCUUGUUGACGUUAAGCAAUCUUCAAUUGCUCAGGAACGACGUAGUGCCUGAGUUAAUAGGCGUUUUUGAAAACGCAUUUUCGGUCAAGUUGACUGAUGAGAGCAAGGUACUCCUCCUUAUUAAAACCAUGGAGUGCAACGCUAAAAGUUGCCCGAACAGACAAUCCGAGACGCCCAAUCCCAAAUCGAUGCCCAGCUCUUCGAAGAAUACACCAAACCCCUCGUAUCUUCUCUAUCAGACACCAUCCGCCUCGGUGUCCUCUCCCCCACCUGGCCCCCCCCACCGGGGAAACUCGCAACCUCCGUGCGCCCAUACAUCUACACAGCCCUGCUAUCCCUGGUCCUCGUCCACUCGCAAAUCACCACCACAGCGCCAUCACUAACACACCCCAUCCUCUCAUACCUCCUAGAGACCGUAUCCGAGGAACUCCUUGAAGCCUUCAAGCAACGCCGCAAGUUCUCCCUUGGCGAGCUCCUCCAGGCCGCUCUAGACGUGGAGUUUGUCAAUCAGACUCUGAGUCAGUACAAUACACCGCGCGCGUCGGAGCUCCAGCAGGGGGUUUAUGUCGAGCUGGAUCGUGGCAGUGAUGCGGAAGCUAGGUUGGGGCUGAGGGAGGGAUUGGGCGGGAUGAAGAAGAUUUUGGGGGAACUGAGGGGGGGAUCGAGAGCUGAGUUGUGGGUUUCCCUUACCGUUCCCAUGUUUAUCAAAUUUGGCAAGAUGAGCCGGCUAAUUCAUGGUGGUGGUGUAGUCUGUGUUUUAGGGCGAAAAAGAGCUCGUCUAAGAAGGCAGCGGCGAAUGCUGAGGGGUAGAAGUGGGUUUUGUACAGUAGUGUUUUGUAGUGGAUCUACUGCUGCUGAUAAAGUGUUGGGGCGUUUUGGGAUGCUAUCUCGUAAACCAAUCUGCUUUUUUUUUAUUAUAUAUAUUUGUAGGUUGAGUAUAUGAUAUCUAAGUCUGUAAUACGUGUGAACAUUUUUUCAUUCAUUCUUUUCUUUUUCCUCUCUUGGUAGAGAUGUUCCGAGCCAUUGGCGGUAUUCUUUUAGCUCACUCCACGAUCCUUUCACCGCCCCAACGCACAAGAAUAUCGCACAACACCAUGAGCUAUUCAUGAUAUGCACCGUACCCUCCGUACGAUACCCGGCGAUCGCAGCGCUAUGCCCGAGCGCAGUACUACCAGUAUAUACAGCACAGUAUAUAGAUAGAAACACUGACAAACCAACCCAGCGCGAUUCACGUCAAACUAUUGUGAUAUAAUUUACUUGGAGCGUUCCACACCCCGAACCCACCACACCAUCCAACAUCUUAUCUAUUUGCUCCUUCCUCCCUUCCUUCCCUCCCUCCCUUUUUCUUUCUUUCUUUCUUCCUUUCCUUCUUUCCUUCUUUCCUGCUUUCUUUUAUACAACGCGAGUUCAAUUCUUUAAAGAGUGCUCUAGUUCAGAUAUAUCAUACAGUCCAGUACUUGUAACACAAAUUUUACCCUAUUGAAAGUUUGCCUGUCGCAUCAAAUUAUAUAUAACAGCUGUCUUAUGAUAUGGUAUGGUAUGGUAAUAUCGUAGCUAUUGUAACGAGAGCAAGAAAAAAAGAAAAAAAGAAAAGGUACUGUACAAUGUAUGUCUCGUAAAUUCCUAAAAAUAAAAAAUAAAAAAAGAACGCUUCUCC